AUGACCGUGGUGUCCCAGGAGAACCGCGAGGAAAGCGUUGUCGUUACCCCGUCGGUUCAAGAUGUUGUGGACUCGGAGGAGCAGGACCGCACCGAACGGGUGGUCAUCAAUAUCUCCGGCUUGCGCUUCGAGACCCAGUUGAAGACCCUUUCUCGGUUCCCCAACACGCUCUUGGGGGAUCCGUGCAAAAGGAUGCGAUUCUUCGACCCGCUGAGGAACGAGUACUUCUUUGACAGGAACAGACCCAGUUUCGACGCCAUCCUGUACUACUACCAAUCCGGGGGUCGGCUUCGGAGACCAGUGAGCGUCCCCGUGGAUAUUUUCCUGGAGGAAAUCAAGUUCUACGAACUGGACGAGGAGACGGUUGAGCUUUUUCGGGAAGACGAGGGUCUAACAAGGGAGGAGGACAGACCGCUUCCGAGCAACGAGUUCCAGAGACAACUGUGGCUUCUGUUCGAGUAUCCGGAAAGCUCAGGACCGGCGCGGAUCAUCGCCAUUGUGUCCGUGAUGGUGAUAUUGAUAUCCAUCAUCAUAUUUUGCUUGGAGACGUUGCCAGAGUUCAGAGAGGCGCCCUCGCCGGUGGCGCCCGACGCCCACAACAACGGGAGCGCCCACGGGAGAGCGCAGAGUCCCUUCACAGACCCGUUCUUCAUGGUGGAGACCCUCUGCAUUGUGUGGUUCUCCUUUGAGUUCACCAUGAGGUUCCUGUCAUGUCCCAGCAAAGCGGCGUUCUUCAAGAACAUCAUGAACAUCAUCGACGUGGUGGCCAUAGCGCCGUACUUCAUCACCUUGGGUUUGGACCUCGCCGAGCACCAGGGCAGCAGCCAGCAAGCCGCCUCCCUGGCCAUCCUCAGGGUCAUCCGCCUGGUUCGGGUCUUUCGGAUUUUUAAGCUCUCCAGACACUCCAAGGGUCUUCAGAUCCUCGGGCAGACCCUUCACGCCAGUCUCAGGGAACUUGGACUCUUGAUAUUUUUUCUCAUCAUCGGAGUGGUUCUCUUCUCCAGUUCCGUGUAUUUCGCAGAAGCCGAAGACCCAGAGUCGGGAUUCUCAAGCAUCCCCGACGCAUUCUGGUGGGCGGUGGUCACCAUGACAACCGUGGGAUACGGAGACAUGUGCCCCUCCACCAUCGGAGGGAAAUUCGUCGGUUCCCUGUGCGCCAUCGCCGGGGUCCUCACCAUCGCCUUGCCCGUGCCCGUCAUCGUGUCCAACUUCAACUACUUCUACCAUCGAGAGAACGAGGACGAGGAGAACAUGCAGUACGUCCACGUCACCUGCGGACAACAGCCCACGUCUUCCGGGGAAUUGGCUUCCAGUCCCAGCGAGCCGUCGCUGUCCAAAACCGAAUCGUAUCAGGAGGAUGACCUGGAGAGUCUGGCGUACCCGAGCAUGGCGUCCCCGAGCCUGACCCACGUUGAGAGCUACGCCGGCAAGCUGACGGACGUGUGAGAGGAUUCUCAUACGGUGCGUUAAGUGGACCCGUGUAGCCUCCAUGCUAAAUGUUAGCCCUCGUAUGCUACUAUUUAUCAACUAUAAAUAGCACAGAUCAAAGGCGCUCGAAUGAGCCCAGACGGGAUGGAGGAGCAAUCAAACACGCCUGUGAUGGUGUUUGAACCCCUUAACACGUUUAAAGGUGUGCCUCAAGGUUCCAUCUUAGGUCCGAUCUCAUUCUCCAUUUACGUACAUAAAUGACAACACGGCCAAGGCUAUGCUAAAAUACAAAUGAUUAUGUCUCAGAUGGCCGUCAAAAUGAUGACAUAAAAAGUCAA